AUUACACCCUUUUUGAGUUUAUUUCUCUCUCUUUGUUCCUUAUGAGGCAAACAUGGGCGUCAUCACCUACUCUCAAGAGGUCAAAUCCGCCAUCGCCCCAUCGAGGAUGUUCAAGGCUUUGAUCAUUGACUCGCACAACGUCAUCAUCCCCGAGCGCAUCAAGAGCGUCGAGUUCAUCGAGGGAGAUGAUGGAACCGGCAGCAUCAAGAAAACUAACUUUGUAACAAGUUGCCCCAUCAAGUACACCAAGAACAAGAUUGAUGCUUUUGAUGUGGACAACUGCUAUUGCAAAUACACUCUGAUCGAGAGCGGCGUCAACUUCAACAAGAUCGAUUUCAUCAUCUACAAGGUGAAGUUCGUCGUGGCCGACGGCGGAUCCGUCUGCAAGAUGACCAGAGAGUACCAUGCUAAGGAAGGUUGCGAGCUGAAGGAGGAUGACAUCAAGCAGGGCAAAGACAAAGCCAUGGGAUUGGUCAAGACCAUUGAGGAGUACCUCUUGGCCAACCCCGAUGUUUGCGCCUAAAUGCUUUUUUUUUUUUUUUCAAUUUUCAAAUUCCUUCCGAGUGAUACUAUAAAUUGUGAAUGGACAAAUUGUAUUGUAUUU